GCCAAGUAUCACCAACACACUGCUCCUGCACCGUGCUGCCCACUAACACACUGGCCCCUUUCCGGUUCUUCUGACUGUAUAACAACGGCUCCUGUGGAUGUAAAAGAAGAUGUAUGCAUGUGAUGGACAUUGACUUCGACCUCUUGGUUAUUAAGCUGCCUUUGUUGGAGCUGCUAGCCAGUGCUAAUUUAGCAGUGGCUAACGCGAAUGAAGCGUUCCCAUCGCAGCUAAUGGUAGCAGCAGCUAGCUAGCGUCUCUGGAGCAACACAACGUCAGACGGGAGCUAACGGGGAAGGUGGUGGCCAGAAGCUGCUCCUUAGCUACCAGACCCUCCAAGCCUGACAGUGAUGCUCAUGGAUCGCUAAAGGACCCUCACAUCUGUCCAGAAUAAAUCCUGAAGACCCAUCAAACAUUCCCUUCUGGAUCAGACGACCCAUCAAAUCCCAUUCUGGAUCAGAAGACCCAUCACAUCCUCCUUUCUGAAUCAGAAGACCCAUCACAUCCUCCUUUCUGGAUCAGAAGACCCAUCACAUCCUCCCUUCAGGAUCAGAAGACCCAUCACAUCCUCCCUUUUGGAACAGAAGACCCAUCAGCGUCUCUCUUCUGGAGCAGGUGCCAUCAUGUCAAAGGUGAAACCAAAUGUGAGCUUGCUGUGGGCUAUGAGGUGCUGAAGAAACAAGAGGUCCGCUACUACUUGGACUUCAACACUUAGAGACCAGGCAGAUGGCCUUCCUCAAUGACCGACCAUUUGAGAGCCCCAACAAGCAAGGGAAAUAAAGUGGUCCCUCCCAACCAGCGCUUGGAUGUAAAGACGAAGCACAGGAACUCCGCCUUCCUCUCCUUCUGCAUCUCUCCGUUGCGUCCCCCACAUCUUCAAAGCCAGGGGCCCAAGCUCUCCAUCCCAGGCCCUGUGCGGUCCUCCUGCCCGACACUGAGCCACGCUGGGUGGGUCCUCAGGCCCCGGGGCAGCCGUGGAGGGCGUUACUUGGGCCGUCGAUGCUGUGGAAGGAAGUCGGAAGAAUCGACCCAGGAAGUCCCUGGAGCACAAGGCGGAAAAGGAAGAAAAAGGCCACGGGUCUGAGAGUCCACAGCGCUCGUGACUAAAGGGGCGGAGCCCAGCGUACGCUGCACCUCAAAGUUAUCGUUUUUCCCAUGUUAGUUUCUGUUUUAUAUUCUCCUUACAUUUUAAACCCUUUUUGCAUUCAAGGCACCAACAAAUUUGUUUUGUUUUCAUAUUUUUCAUCCUUUUGCGCAUCACUACAAAGAUAUUUCUUUUUUAUUCAUCACAUUAAAUGGAAAAUGGAUGUACAGCAGGGUUUUCUUUUUCUUCGUUAUACUCCGGAUGCUUGGUCCCCCUCAUCAUGGCGUCCCUCCGGUCUGAAACCUCCAAGUGAGAUGGUCCCAAAAGGCCUUCUGCAGCACUAAGAGAUGCCUCCACGAGGGAGUCCCAAGCUAGCGCACAGGCCGGCCUCUCAACAACUGACUCCUCUGGGAAGACUCCUGGACUGAAACACUGAGGAACAAUGCGGCAGGAGCCUUGUAUUUGAAAUCACUUCGUUCGGCACACAGACCAAAACCUUCUCCGUCUGGAGACCAGCGAUGUAAAAAUUAGAUGCUUUUAUGUUUUAUCUGGACGCUUUUUCUUGAGUUGGCAGCAGGUGGCAGAAGAAACAAAGUCACAAGACACUGAUUAUUUUCUCAUACCGUAGCUCCUUAUAUCCCAAAUUAUUCCUUAGACCCCCCCCCCCGUGCUUGUUGUCACCUGCAUACCUCACAGGCCUCAACUUUACACUCAUCCCAUUCUGGGUUCCAAGCACAACCCAUGGUAGUGAGUGGAAAGAAACAUUUAACAAUAAGACAUAUAGAUAUAAGGAUCUUUGUGCAAGAAGUGGUUAAAAAAAGUAAACAGGCACGCAAUUCAAAGUCAUGCAUUAAUUUAUGUUAGAUUAUAUCACAUGGUCUAUAGCACAACAAUGUGCUUGAUGAUGGAGUAGAGCCUGUUAAGGUGUGUUGUGACCACGGCAGACUCAUCUUUAAUCCUGGUGACUUGUUUAUCAUCGACCCUGUCUGCCUUUUUUUGUUCAUCAUAAACUGACAAAACAGCCUUGCAGGGGAGAGUCCAAUACGCCUCUGUCACACGUCACACAUGCACAAGUUACACAGGGGCCCUGCUAGCAUCAGUCAAGUGGUCAUUGGCGCACGGCCUGAGAGCCUGGGCGGGCCUGUUGGUGUGUGGAGUAUGUUUCUGAGUGCCUUCUUUUCACCCGCGUUUCGCCAUCCUCCCCCUGCGCUUCAGGUUCCAGUGAAAGAUAGACCGCUUCAUCAUUUGGACCUGAUCGUCUGCCCUCUCCUUUGACAUUAUUAUAUAUAUCUGGUUCUGACUGCUCAGUUCCUCCUCACGCUUUCUCCCUAGCCCCCUCCCCCGGCUCCCCUUUCUGUUCUCCAGUUGAUUUUCUUUUCAUGGAGUUUUCCUUGCAAAGAAAGAACUUAAUCGGACUCCCACUAAGUGGGUUCCCAUCUCAAACCCAUUAAACUCCCAAUAGCAGGGGGAGGGGUCAUAGCCUAAAACCCCUCCCCUCCACCCAAACAUACCUACUGAAAGUAGUCUGCCUCUCAUCCCCUUGCCUCCUUGAAGCUGUUGUCCUUCCCAAGCCCUACUUUCCCUUCCCUUCUGUCAGCGAGUUCCCCAACGAAGAGCUUCCUGAAACACUUCAAUCCCACACUGACACACACUGAUACACACCGACACACACAAGGCAACUGCCCACCGUCCAGACGGACGAGCAGGCCCUGAAGUGAUGCCGACCGGAGGCAGCAGUACCAAGAGCGGAGGCGGGGGGACGUCCUCCUCCCCCCUCCCCCACAUCGUGGCCCCCUCCUCCAGCAGGCCCCUGCGGCCGUCUCGCUACGUGCCCGUGUCGGCCGCCACCUUCUUCCUGGUGGGGUCGACCACGCUGUUCUUCUGCUUCACCUGUCCAUGGCUCUCGGAGCGAUUCUCCGUGGCGGUCCCCAUCUACAAUGGAGUCAUCUUCAUGUUUGUCCUGGCCAACUUCUGCAUGGCCACCUUCAUGGAUCCUGGAAUCUUCCCUAGAGCGGAUGAAGACGAGGAUAAGGAGGAUGACUUCCGUGCUCCGCUCUACAAGACGGUGGAGAUCCGGGGCAUCCAGGUGCGGAUGAAGUGGUGCUCCACCUGCCGCUUUUACCGGCCCCCGCGCUGCUCCCACUGCUCUGUCUGCGACAACUGUGUGGAGGACUUUGACCACCACUGUCCCUGGGUAAACAACUGCAUCGGCAGGAGGAACUACCGCUACUUCUUCCUCUUCCUCCUCUCCCUGACGGCUCACAUCAUGGCCGUGUUCGGCUUCGGCCUCCUCUUCAUCCUGUAUCACCGGCAAAACGUGGACCGCCUGCAGGCCAUCGUCACCCUGGCAGUGAUGUGCGUGGCGGGGCUGUUUUUCAUUCCUGUGGCGGGACUCACAGGUUUCCAUAUGGUGCUGGUGGCCAGAGGCAGAACCACCAACGAACAGGUGACGGGGAAGUUCCGUGGGGGGGUCAACCCAUUCACUAACGGCUGCUGGAAAAACAUCUCCCAUGUGCUCUGCAGCUCUCAGGCUCCUCGGUACCUUGGGAGGAAGAAGCGUCUCCAAAGUGUGGCUGUGAAGCCACCUUUCCUCCGCUCGCAGCUGACUGAGGCCCAGCUGGCUUCCAAGAUCCUGGACAACGGCAUUCAGGGAGAGCUGCACAGGUCCAAGUCGAGUCUGGAGAUGAUGGAAAGCCAGUCAUGUGAUGCGGAGCCCCCUCCCCCGCCCAAACCGGAGCUCCGCUACCCAGGCCUGUCCCGAGCGAACACAGAGGAGAGCAGUUUGUUGAACAAGGCCCCGCCCACCCCCACCAUGUACAAGUUCAGGCCGAGCUACAGUCCGGGCAAGAACCACACGGCCCUCACGCACGCCUAUGCGAACCAGCUGAGCCGGGGGGAGAGCGUGGGCAGUGGCCGGGGGGAGUCCUGCUCCUCCUCCUCCCUCCUGCAGGCCAGCCAAACCCCGGGCUUCCGCUCGCAGCCCAGCCUUGACGGGCCCUCGGAGCGGGGCGGGGGGGCCGGGGGUGAGCGGCGGGAGGGUGCGCGGGAGGUGGCGGGGGGGGGCAUCCCGGGCUACUCCCUGGGCGGGCGCUCCUACCCCUCCUUCUCGGACCCCGCCGUGCUGUCGGGCGGAGGCUCGCGCUCGUCUAGUUCUGCCCACACGACGGGAAGCUCCGCCCACAUGCCGGGCAGCGCCACCCACGCCUCGGAGGGCAACACCAACACCUCGGCAAGCUAUAAGAGUCUGGCCAACCAGACGCCGCCGCCCCACUACCCGUCCCGCAACGGCAGCCUGUCGUACGACAACCUGCUGGCAGGUGGGGAGGAGCCGGGCCCCCCAGAGCUGUCGUCAGGGCGACCCCGGACCCCAGCCACGGGCGGCUACAGCUCGCCCUUCCUCUCGGCUCAGCAGCGGGAAGCAGAGAUGCACUCGUCUUCGGCCACGCUGCUGUCGUCGCACUCCCCGCACCACCACCACCACCACCGCUCUGCCCAGCACUACCAGCAGCACCUGCACCGCUCCUCCUCCUCCUCCUCCCCCCCGCCCCAUCCUCCGCCCGAGCGUGAGCGGCUCCUGGGGGAGACGCCCCAUGCCCACCUGCCCCACGACUCCUCGGCCACCGCCCCCCACCUCCACCACCACCCGCCGCAGCACCACCACCACCACCACUCCUCGUCCCACCACCACCACCACCACGCCACGGUGGCCCGCCACCCGCCCCGCUUCUCUGCCCCCCAGCACUACCCCUACCGCACGCGCUCUACCGAUGCCCCGCUUGGCCCCGCCUCCUCCCACACCGCCCUGUCCCACGCGCCCCACCCCCCGCCCCUGGGCAAGUCCCUAUCCUACUCCAGCGCCGCCGCCGCCGAGAUGCAGUACCGGCUCGUCAGGAAGGCGUCCGCCACGGCCGCCGCCAAUGCGGCAGGGGCGGGUGGUGGUGGGGGGGGGACCCAGGCACCCAAGGAUGAGCCAUUCCAGAUGAAGGCGCUGAACCGGACCAACGGGGGUCACACCGUCUCUGUGUCCGCCCCCUGCUCCGCCCCUUCCUCUCCCUCCCACCCAAUCGGCAUGUCCCACCGUCAACGAGCAGCCUAUCAAGGGCCGGGUUCCACGCAGAGUCCCGCCCACAAACCCCAGGCCGGAGCGGUGAAGAAAGUGACAGGAGUAGGGGGCACCACCUACGAGAUAUCCGUCUGAAUCGCCAUGGCAACGAUGGGCCAUCCGAUGAAUGAUAAUUUGCUUCAAACAUUGUCACUAGAAACAUGUUCUACUUCAGACUAUGAAUAACGAGAGGACCAAUAGGGGCUUUUAUUUUGAAGGGGGUACCACUUUGAGCUUAAUGGAACAAAAAGUUUUUUUGGCCAAACUUUCCCUCAUUUAUCUUAACAAUGAGACGCACACUGACAAGUGGCCAGCGUCAACUAGAUUGAGCCAGAUCACCACCAUCAUUGGGCUGCGUCAGGGUGUAAGAAGAAUUUGGCCUCAUUCAGAAAGGCGUCUUCAUGGAAUCAUCACAGUAGGAGAACGGGGACCGAUGUUGGACAGGAGCAGGUGUUGGUGUUCUGUAUGGUCCAAUAGACCAAUGGUGUGGCUGUGAAAAGAGGCUCUUCUGUAUAAUUCCCUGUAGUAGUUGGGAGUAUGGCCCUGGAAGCUGCCGCUCCGCUCACUGGCCUAGUGGUCAUAGAUAUCUCCGAUACAAUGCUGUGGUGGAGUGGUUAGACCCAAACAGAUGUGCUUCAUCAAGUCUCCUUCAAAUGGCUCAUCACUUGACUUUGCUUUAUUCAGGCCAGAGGAUGUCGUGUCUUUUUUUUUUUAUUUACUAUUUCUGUGGUAGCAUGCAUCGGCCGAUAUUCCAUAGGCAAUAUAUUUUUGUUUGGAUAAUUUUUCCUCAGACUCCUCAGGGGCCAUAGUCUCUUCCAUCCUUACAUCCAACGUGGUCAUGGACCAGGACUCUGCUUGGAGACGCCAUCUGAUUCAAGUAGUCUGUACUUAAGUUUACAACUUUUCUGACAUUCUUGCCAGUAGCUGGAUGAAAGGACAACAACGGCACUGAGGCAUUAACUUUGAAGGCUAGUAGCUGUAAAAUGACUUUUUGGAUGGCAGUGAAGGGAAAUGCAGUGUCGAAAUGCAGGUUCUCGCUAUUAUUUUUCAAUUGAUAAUAUACCUAGAUGUAAAGAUUCCUUGUUUGUACAGAAUGAUGUGAUUAAGUGUGGAUUUUCUAAAGAAAAAAAGAAAUCUCAACAAAGUGGUAGUGAUGUUGGACUGCAGCAUGCACUAUUAUUACGACUAGCCUCUAUGGGCAACUGUGAUUGGAUGUGGACUGUACUGUUGGCUAUCCUUCGACCCAACGGAAUGGUUUACUCGAGUGAACAAGGAAGAAGUGGCUCUAAUUAAGUGCAGUCUUUUUCCUCAAGAAAUCUUUACAAUUUGCCUUGAAAUCAAAUGUGUUUUAUCUCACUUAUUUUAUUUCAAAUGGUUUUCUAUGAAUUUCUACAUAAAUUGAUCUAUUGUUAAAUAUAUCCGUAGGAGGAUGUUAAUGUCAACUUCUCCAUCAUGGGAAUUCAAAUUAGGCCCACUUUAGCAGUUGGUCUCAAACAAAAAGCCCCCAAGAAAUGCAUCUCAAAAAUGUUUUAGAAAAGUGUUAGUGGCACAACGGCCUAUGUGGUGGAGCAUGUUUAGGGUUAAGUAGUUAAAAACAUCGGAUGCACCUGUCCGUUAAUAAUUCCAGGUAAGUUUGAGGGACACAGUCUUCCUUUCUUCCCAAGGAUUAAAAAUAAAAUAUUCUAGUUUGUGAAGUGAGAUUCUCGGGGGGAGAGAUCCAGAACGGCUCGAGUCCAAAGCAGCCAACAGACCACUUAUUGGAGGUUUCUGCAAUGCAGGUUUCAAAUGGAUCAACCAUAUACCGUACACUGUAUGAAGAUGAAUUGGUGCUUUAGCUCAUCUAAUGCCCUGAACAAAAAUGGUGGCUUGUGAUCCUGUUAAAAAAAAAUAUAUACUAUUUAAGUUGCUUUACAGAUUAAUCAAAAAACAAUUGUCCUUAAAUAUAUUAUUGGCUUUUUAAUGUAAUCUCCUGUGUAUUGACAGUGAUGAUCCCCAUGUCGCCAUGGUUUUCAAUGUUCAAUGGUUUAAAGUCUGACCGUUUCAUUAUUGAAACUGAGCUGUACUUCUACUAGUCCUACAAGAGUAAUCAUGUAUACCCAAACCACACAAACGGCACUUAUAAACCGUCUCACAUUUUAAAGUGCGUGACCAGAAAAUCAUUAUAGAAAUGUAGAAGCUAAUGCUGCCUUUUUCCCCUAAUUAAAUGAGUGAGGCUAAUUGCGCUACGGUAAAAUGGUUCCAAUUCUAAACUGCCCAAGAUAUUUGACGGGUUUGUUCCUAUUUGGUGUUAUUAUACGCAAUUGAAGAGCAGGCGUCAGUAAAUGAACUAUCAUGAAAGUCUGGUGGCCAUUUUCUUGGUUAGGGUCACAAGUGUUUGGAUACGGAUAUUAAUUACUUCAAAGCAACAAAUGUGUACUGUACAGCUUAAUGUUUGAACGAUUGUGUUUGUCGUUUUGUGCGUGAGAGGGUGUGUUUGAGGGUGAUAAUAAAAUGAAUGAAAGGUUGGGAUCCUAACUUUUCUUUUCAAACAAAUUAUUUAACUGCAUGCUAACAAUACUUGAAGGCUAUUUCUACAGCGAAACGUAUUACAAAACUACUAUUGGCUGGACUACAGGGAUUAUUUUAAAUGAGUUGGCUAAUUAAUUCGGAUUUUUUUUAACUAAUCUAUGGUAAUCUAUAUAGUCCAAUUGUAAAACUAAAUUAGUUCUUUUGAUUCUGAGAUUGAUCAACCCCUAUUAUAAAAAAAAAAAAAGAAAGGAAGAAAAAAUAGAAUGAAUGGACAAUUAAGUGGACAUUUAUUAAAAGGUUACUGACAGGACACUCCAACGAGACUUGUUAAAUGGGUGAUAUUAUGCCACCAGGUGUGAGUGUUAAUAGUCAAUACAAGCCGUUGGAAAAUCUGCCUUUCCGUGUGUUUUGCUGACAUCCCACUGGGAGUGUCCACCUAGAUGUACGCUGGAUAGAUCAGUGUACCAGCCUCUCCAGUGGACUGUAGCAAAUGUUGCUUAUCUAUCCAUAAUACAUCUAGGUGGACAAUUCCACUUGUGAUUUGUCAUUAAAACACAGGAAAAGGUAGAUUUUCAAAUGCCCUGGCUAAUCACACUCACACCUGUGCCCUAUACUACAAACAACACUGAACAUACCCAGAGUUAAAUGGUAGGCCUACUUUGAAGUUGGGAAUCAAAGUUCUUAAUAGCAGGGUUUUUUUGUCCGAAAAAAAAAAGAGUCAGAACUUAUCACCUACUAUCCUUUUACUUUAUUUAUGAGAAGCACAUUGUCUUGCCACUGUAUGGAAGGCUACACUUGCCCUUAUCUAGAAAAACCUAGCUGGUUUACCAGUGCACAGCGUUUAAAACUGAGCAAAGUCGAUGCCAACAGUGUGGAAUCGGCAUAUCCUGCCAGGACUAGCCGGGUCGGAGCCUUCCCCUGGAACGGUAGACUGGGGCAGACCUGGUGGUGGUGGGGUGGAACGAAACAGCAAGAAACAUGUGUUGGACUCUUUAUAAAGCAGGUGUAUGCAGGUGAUUGGCAAACUGGCACGCGUGAGUUUGAGUCCUCCUGAUAGAACUUGCGCUAAAGCUUACAUUACUUCCAACAAGCUUCUGUGAGGUUAUCCAUGUAACUGCAGUAUACUGUAGAUUAAAAAAAAAAGAUUACUUAUUAAGGGUAUAAAAUACUAG